UACGAGUGCGGACGAAACAAAUAAAAGACGGUGGUCGGUACACAGUGCAUCAUAGGCUACAUGUUGAAAAACAAAGCGUUAGCGAAAAAAGGCAACUAAAUACUAUUUCUUAAUAAAUAGUAGAGUAAAAUUAUAAAAAGGAACAACUUUAAAAGGAUUAGAGUAAAAGGGAAAUAGGUGAAAAACAUUAAAAAUACAGCAAAAUAUUUGUAGAGAGAUUUGGUCACAGCACGCGGCAUUGUUGAAGAAGCUGUUAGAAAGGAGCAAAUGCUUUAGGUUAUCCAAUAAUUUUGGCUUGAGUACGAAAAGAACAACAACUUAAUUUAUAAACAAAAAUGGCACUGAAUGCUGAGGAUAUUGUUGAAAUCAAGAAGACCUGGGCCAUUCCCGUCGCCACACCAACCGAUUCCGGCGCAGCGAUUCUCAUCAGAUUCUUCACAAAAUAUCCGUCCAAUUUGGAAAAAUUUCCUUUCCGCGAUAUUCCAGUGACGGAAUUACAUAACAGCGCACGCUUCCGCGCCCACUGUGGCCGCAUUAUCAAGACUUUUGAUCAGUCAAUCAGCCAACUGGAGGAAGAAGGUGGUCUGGAAAAGAUACAAGAAAUAUGGGAAGGUUUGGCAAAAUCACAUGUGGAACGUCACAAUAUUGCCAAGCCUUCAUACCUUGAACUCCGCGAAGCCAUUGUGGAAGUGUUGAGCGAAGCGUGCAACCUGAAUGAGCGUCAAGCGCAAGCCUGGAACAAACUGCUCGACAUUGUGUACGACAUCAUCUUCAAGAAAUACGAUGACUUGGGUGCUCAAUAAUGCUGGAACAGCUAGCUAAAGGAAGGCGGCGGAGUGCUAAAGUAGUACACAUGCCAACAUAACAAGACGCACACACACUCACACACGAAGGAGUAGUGGGAGAAGUCGCCUAAAUACCAGCUGCUCGUGUAUUUCUUAAGGCUCAAUUUUAGUAAAGGAACACUCGAAAAUAUACAAACAGGAAGACACACACACACACACACACACACACACACACAUUUAGGGAAUAUCAACGUCGACGCUUUAACCUGCUUUUGUAGCGCAAAAAUAUUUAUUGAGAAAAAAAGGUGAAAUAUAAUGAAUGAAAAUGUAGAAAAUGUCAUAAAACAUAUCUGAAAAAGAAAAAUACUAAAAAUUUACCGACAACUUGCUUAAUGGUAAUGACACCCUGUAUUUGUUCUACCAUUGCUGCUGUUUUUGUGUUGUUUUUUGUUAUUGUUAUUGUUCAAUUACUAUUUGUGCAUACAUACAAACAGAAUUGUACAUGCAUAUAUGUACGUAUGCAUAUUUGACCGCAGUGUUUGUUGUUUGUUGUUGCAUUUCUACGCCACUCAAGAAACUUUGAAUAGCAGCUGUACCGCUUCUUAGCAGCAAUCCAUACAAAAACCACUAUGUACUCUUAAAGUUUCCGUUUACCUCUAAGAACAUAUUUUGCUAAUGGUUUCUAAACUUUGUAAUUUUGUGAAUAAAGUAAAAUGUAAGAAAGUAAAUAAAAGUAAAAUAUAAUA